AUGUCAUUGUCAAGUUUCUUUCGAUACACAAAAUUCAAUGUAUAUGAAUGGUUUAAUAGAAUUGCCAGAAGGUAUGAAUCUAAAAAUUGUAAACACAAAAAUGAUAAACGCAAAGGGGGUAAUUUAUCAGCCGUGCUUACUAAGGUCAAAGAGAUUAAAAUGGAAGACAGGCCGAUACCGAUACCGAACAGUAAUGAGGUUCUUCUGCAAAUGGAAGUCGUAGGUAUUUGUGGUUCCGAUGUACAUUAUUGGCAGCAUGGAAAGAUUGGUCCGUUCGAACUUAAAAAACCGAUGGUGCUUGGUCACGAAGGUUCUGGUUCGGUGGUGAAGUUUGGAUCUAACGUUUCGAAUUUGCAACAAGGUGAUCAGGUUGCUAUCGAACCAGGUAUCCCAUGUCGCACAUGUGAAUAUUGUAAAACUGGCAGAUAUAAUAUUUGUCCGGAUAUGCGAUUUUGUGCAACUCCCCCUUACGAUGGAAACUUAUGUAGAUACUACUGUACAGAAGCUGAUUUCUGCUAUAAACUACCUUGUGGUGUCAGUCUAGAAGAAGGAGCGUUAUGUGAACCGUUAGCUGUAGGUGUUCACGCUAACAAAUUAGCCAAAACUAGGCUAGGUUCUAUUUGUUUUGUACAAGGAGCUGGUCCAGUAGGUUUAUGUACAGCGGCCGUGGCAAAAGCAUUUGGUGCUAGUAAGGUGCUAGUAAGUGACGUCUUUGAUUAUAGAUUAGCUAAAGCGCAAAAACUGGGUGUUGCUGAUUUUAUACUCAACACUAGCGACAUGGAAGAGCUCGAUGUGUCUUAUAAAGUAUUAGAAUUGUUGCAGGAAGAGCCCCAUUCAACUUUUGAGUGUGCAGGAACAGUAUCGUGCGCUCGAAUGGGUUUACACGUGACUAGAGCAGGAGGAAUUGUAGUUUUGUUAGGAAUGGGUGCAGACGAAAUAUCUUUACCAUUUAUAGCAUCCUUAGUCAAGGAAAUAACUAUAAUAGGAUCGUUUAGAUACGUCAAUGAUUAUCCUGAUGCAAUCGAAUUACUCAAAUCAAAAAGGGUUGACAUCAAAGAUAUGGUGACGCAUCACUAUUCUCUCGAACAAGCGAUUAAAGCUUUCGAGGCUCAAAGAGACCAUAUUGGAGAACCAGUCAAAAUAUUGAUUCAUUGUAACCCCAAUUGGAAGCCGUGUACAUAG